AUGCCGGUCCGUAAACAAGAUGCCCACAGGGCACUGGAAUUGCUUGAAGACUACCACAAUAGGCUGACUAAGCCUCAGGACCGACCACUGAAAAUGGCGAUUGAAAGAGUUAUUCGCAUAUUUAAGAGUCGUCUGUUUCAAGCACUGCUGGAUAUCCAAGAGUUUUAUGAGACAACCUUAUUAGAUGACAGCAAAACUUCUCACGAGAAGACCAUGGAAACCUUACGGAUAGCCAGCAAGUGGGAACGUGAAGCUCCUAUUGUGAACACAUUUCUCAUCACCACAGAAAAUGAAUUCUCAGUGGAAGAUGACCUGCCUCCGCCGCCACCUGAACUAGUCCGUCUGCCCGAGACACAGCCGGUCACCGAGAGACCAACUGUCACCAUCACAACAGUGACCCGCACAAUUCCAGCGUACCUGCCUAUGACAAGGAACUGCCACCUCCAGGAAGACACGUGCUACGGAAGAGGCAUCCUAGGCAGUGUGCAGCGACACGGGGUUGCUAACACCGCAGCUGUUGUCGUUGUCAUCGUCGUCAUCGCUGCCCCCGCCGCCGCCGUGAUUAUGGUGCUGCGCGGGCUGAAGGACAAGCACGUGCUGGAGACGAUGUUGUCGUGGUGGAGCGUCCGGUACGGCCGCUUGGGCUACCGCCGGCGAGUGCGUCGGGCGCGCUCCGUCAGCUUCAAGAAGUACGUGGACUUCAUCACCUACGACCGCGAGUACCUCCUUACCAUGCAUCCAGAGGGAUCCGAGACAGCAGAUUCUGAAUAUACAAAUGGCGAAGGAGAAUGGGAAUAUGAAGAAAUAGACUUGGACAGAGGCUCUGGAGGUUUGGGCUUCAGCAUUGCAGGAGGCUGCGACAACCCUCAUGUGGGUGACGACCCCAGUAUUUACAUUACCAAAAUCAUUCCUGGUGGAGCGGCAGCAGAGAAUGGCAGACUAAGGUACUGGUGCUUCUCUGGCCACUUGUACACUUAA